AUGGAGAUUUUUAACUUCGGACAAGCUUCCGAUCAUCGUCGUCUUCCUGAUUUUGGUUCAGGUGGGUUUUUACAAAGUCUCGACACAAACCCAUUUCUGAAGAAUCAGUAUUACAACAACAGUGUUGAAGCUCUGGAGUUGUGUAAAAAGCUUAACAAAAUGGGUAUCUCUUGUGACAUGAGUAUUUGGACCAAACCCGAAGAACCAUUCCGGGUCGACCCGGGUGAUUUUGGGGCUAAAACUCUUCAUGAGUCUUUUGGGUUUGACCAGAAUCUCACUGGAGCUUCUCAGAUUCAUGAUGGGUUUCGUAACUUCUCCUCUGUUCGUGUUCAAAACAACAACUUUCAUGGAGUUUCUCCUUCUCCAGGAUUGCUUGGCCUACAAGAUUCCUUUAACCCCAACGGAUUUGAAGAGAUGAUGGCUUUUAAAGAUCACAAAGACUUCCUCUUAGACCACAUCAAUGAACCCAUAAAGCGUUCUCCGUUUCUCAGAGGCAACGAUGCUUUCAAGGGUUCGUUGAUGUUUGAAGGAAUUAGGGUUUCUCAAAUCCUAGCCGCCAUGGAAGGUUCUGGAGCUUCUUAUCCAGAUGAGCCUAAGAUCAAUGGUGGUUUGCCUCUGGAUCUCGUCUCCAUGGUUGAGAUUUACGGAUCUGUGAACUUAAUGGCCAGAGAUCAGAUUGGGUGCAGAGCUUUGCAGAAACUGGUCGAAGAAGGAACGGUUCUUGAUUCUAAGGUUAUAUUCCUUGAGAUCAUUGACCAUGUCGUUGAACUUUCCAUGGAUCCUUUAGGGAAUUACAUCGUCCAGAAGCUGUUAGUUGUGUCUGAUGAGGAACAGAGAACAAUGAUUGUGAGUGUGUUAACGUCAAAACCAAGGGAGCUUAUCAAAAUCUGUCUCAACACUAAUGGGACAAGGGUUAUACAGAAGAUGAUUAAAACAGUGAAAACAAAACAACAGAUUGCAUUGGUGAAGUCAGCUCUCGAACCGGGUUUUCUUGUUCUUGUCAACGAUUCUAAUGGGUACCAUGUGCUACAGAGUUGCUUGGAGUUCCUUGUACCUAAUGACAACAAGUUUGUGGUUGAAGCAGCUACAGAAUAUUGUGCUCAAUUAGCAACUCAUCAAUACGGAUGCUAUGUUCUUCAAUGCAGCCUUAUAAACACUGUUGGACUGCAACAUGAGAGACUCGUCGCUGAGAUAUCAAGAGACUCACUUCGCCUUUCGCAAGAUCCUUUCGGGAACUAUGUGGUGCAGUGCUUAAUAGACCAACAAGUUUCUUCAGUGAACUUGCUGCUUCCAUUUAGAACACAUUGCAUCGAGCUAGCGACUCAGAAGUUCAGUAGCCAUGUGAUUGAGAAGUGUCUAAGAAAGUAUCCAGAGAGUCGAGCUGAGAUCGUCCGCGAGCUCCUCUCUUAUCCAAACUUUGAACAGCUUCUGCAGGAUCCUUAUGCAAACUAUGUGAUCCAAACAGCUCUCUCUGUAACCAAGGGAGCAGUUAGAGCUAGAUUAGUGGAGAAAGUUAAAAGGUUUGGGAAACUACAGUCGAAUCCUUAUUGCAAGAAGAUUUUCUCCAAGACCAUCUUGAAGAAGUAA